AACUCCGCGCCUGGCCGCACGAUCAACAAGUAGUCGCGGCGCUGCCGCUGCGCGCGCGAGCUGCAUGCGGGGCACCUAUAGCUGUAUACUACACACACACACGCAUACAGCUGUGGGGAGAUGGAGGGGGUGGGGUGCCGCGAGACGAGGACGGCAUUCUCCGAACCCGAGCGCUAUCUUUCUGCUGACCGUUGGCGAUUUCAGCGCCCCGCACAAUGGUGCAUAGGACCUGCAUGUGCUCUGCAAGUCCGCAAAAAAAGACUACAUUGAGAAGCUCCGAAAACUCUGAAAUCCACUUCUGCAGCGUUAUAACACACCUAUAUGUGCAGCGGCAAUAAUAGUCGUGCUUCAGCGCGGCGGUGGGGGGGGGGGGGAGAGAACGCGCGGCGUCCCCGCUUUCUCCCUCCCCUCUUGUGGAACGCGCGGCGUGAGUCGUGCGCUCCGUGCCGCCGACUGCUGUUAGUUCGCCGAGCGGCGCCUACGGACGAAGAACCGACCCUACGCGUGCGCGAGCUCGACGCUAUACAUAUACACGUACUCACCAGGAUAAUUCGGGUCCUUAAAGUGCGCCGAGAUGAGGACGACGUCGGUGGCGCGAGUGCGUAGACUCCCGGAGUAGGAUCGUAGCUGCUGUUGCUGGUCCUCCGGAAUCGGUUGGACGGACAUUGAGCGGAGAGAUGACGCGGUGACUCGUUCAGUGCAUUCCAGAGGUGUCGCAAGCAGAGUUGAUGGUGUCUCGUCGCUCGCAUACAUAGGCAGUGCGUCGCCGAGAUCGUAGCUGUAUAUACGCGUAUAUACGCGCUUCGUUGGGAGAAAAAAUCGGUUCAGUGCGCGAGAGAAGGAGAGUACUUGGAAGAGACGCGAGCGAGCGCCGCGACCGCUAGAGCAGCCGUACUAUACAGUGUACGCUCCUGCAUCGCGAGCCUCGAGGUUAACAGAGAGGGACCGUGUGCUGUGUAUAGUAGCGGCGAGUGAACAAGAGGAGGAAGCAAAGAAACGAAGGAGAAGCAGAAGAAGAAGAAGAAGAAGAAGAAGAAGAAGGAGUCAUGGCGAGCUGGCCGCAGCAGGCCCGGCUUUGCCUCUGGGCGAGGCCCAGGACGAUGAGUGUGCAGGGGCUCGCGCUCCUCAUGCUGCUCUGCGCCGGAACUUUAGCGGAUACGACCAAGCUGAGGCAUGCGAAGCACCUGGAUCUCAGAUCUCAGCUCAGAAGCGAAGAUGAUCUGCUGAUGAAGCUACGCGAGAACCACAACCACAAGCCCGUGUUUACGAACUGCUCGCGGCUGGUGGCGAAAGUCCCGGAGGAAUCGAUGCCGAACACCAAGGUCCUUACGGUGCACGCCGAGGACCGGGACCCACCCGAGGACGGAGGUACCAUUACGUACAGCUUCGUCACGACCACCGGCGAGAAGCUCAAGUUCAAGAUAGACAACACCACCGGCGAGAUCACAACGACUCACAUGCUGGACCGGGACGAGCCAGCCCGUGAGAAGGAGAUCUACCUGACCGUACUGGCGACGGACAACGGCAGGCCUCAACUCGACGACGUCUGCACCUUCAAGGUCACCGUCACCGACAUCAACGACAACGCGCCCGUCUUCGACAAAGUCGACUACUGGGGACCCGGGUCGAAGUCGUACACGGAGUCGGUGCCGCAGGAUCUGUCUAUCGGCCGGGAAGUGAUGAGAGUCUCGGCAACGGAUAUAGACGACGGCGUGAACUCCGUCGUCAGGUACAAAGUGAAGAGUCUCAAGAAUCCCGAAGACGUAACUUACUUCAGGAUCGACUUCAACACCGGUGUCAUCUUCCUCAACAAAACGAUAGACAAAGGUCCGGGCUACAAGUUCAGCUUGACGGCGAUGGCAUAUGACCAGGGAAUACCGCAGUCUAAAUACAAUGAAAUUGAUCUCGACAUCCGCGUCGUCGAGUCGCACAAGAAGGCGCCCACCUUCUCGUAUACGCCUACUGAGCCGAUCAUGCUGAAGGAAAACUUCAGCGACUACGAGGCGAGCAUCGCCCGACUCGAGGCCCAGUCCAACAUAGAAGACAGCGACUAUUUUCUAUUCGAGCUCGUUACCGGAAGGACCGAGCAGGCGAACAAGGAGAAUACCUUUAGAUUGGAAUCCAACAAGAACGUCGCCCACAUAAAGUUAGCCAAGGCUUUGGACUACGAGAGCAACACCGAGUACUCGCUGAUCGUGCGCGUACAGAACAAGUAUCAGCUCGGAGCUGAGACGAUGAUAUACAUCCAGGUGCUCGACGUCAACGACAACAUACCCGUGUUUCGGGAAAUAAAAAAGGGCAGCGUCCUCGAGAACGAGCCGCCCGGCACACCUGUCAUGCAAGUUCGCGCCAUCGAUGCCGAUGGCACCGCCGCUCACAAUCAGGUCACGUAUGCGCUGGGCAAUUACCAAGAUCUAUUCGAUAUCGAUGAGUACACCGGCAACAUAACGACUCGCGUGACUUUUGAUCGUGAGACCGAGUACACCUACACCGUCAAAGUCAUCGCCACAGACAAUUCGCCGUCGGCACUUUUCUCGAGCGGUGUGCACAACAAGGGCGAGCAGAAUUUCCGCAUCGAGAUCGCCGACAAGAACGACAACCCGCCGCACUUUACGCAGCGCGAGUAUAAGGCCAACUCGAUACCCGAGGACGCGAACAUUAACUCCUUGGUGACGGAGGUCAAGGCUCUAGACGCCGAUACGGCGAGCCCCGUCACCUACAGCAUCCUCUACGGCAACGUCGACGACAGCUUCUACAUCGAGAACACGACCGGCAAAAUUCGUGUAAACCAGAACCUCGAUUACGAGAAGAUAACACAGUACAAUUUGACGGUCAGGGCCUUCGACGGCAUCUACGAUGAUACCGCCACGGUCCGGAUCUACAUCGAGAACGUCAACGACAAUCAGCCCGUCUUCGAAGCGUUCGAUAAGAAUCCUGUUAUCGAAGAGGAGAAACUUGUCGAUGGCUGCAUAACAAACGUCGUGGCGUACGACCCAGACAUCAAGGACAGAAGCGCGGAUCAGCACAUUGUUUACUCGAUUCUUAGACCCGAGCAUCAACCUCUCAUUGAAAUUAACAAGGACGGAUGCAUGAAACUGAAGAAACCUCUCGAUCGCGAUCCCCCACAUGGUUAUCCAGUUUGGACGAUUAUCGUGAUCGCACAAGACGAGGAUGGUGGUCAGAACUCGCUGCGUAACGUCGAGGCCGUCAACAUCACUCUGACCGAUAUCAAUGACAACGCACCUUUCCUGGACAUGCCAUAUCCCGUCAUCUGGGAUGAGAACCAAGAUCCUGGCAACAUAACUGAGCUCAAAGCCCGUGACUACGAUUCCGACGAGAAUGGCCCCCCGUUCACCUACAAGAUUGAUAUCGACUUGGCUGACAGUACCAUACUCAGCAAUUUUGAGAUCCGAGGCAAGGACUUGUAUGCUAAAGUACGCUUUGAUCGUGAGGAGCGCAAAAGCUACGAUAUACCUGUGGCCAUCACCGACAACGGCAGUCCUCCGCUGACUGGUACUUCUAAACUCACCGUCAUCAUCGGCGAUAAGAACGAUAACGAGAUGAUGGACGGAUCGAGCUCCAUUUUUGUCUACAAUUACAAUGGUGAAUCGCCUCAAGUUGACAUUGGCCGAGUCUACGUUACCGACCCGGACGACUGGGAUCUCAACGACAAAACUUUCUCGUGGUCCGGCGAAGACCCCGAUUACUUCAAUCUAAACAAAACUACGGGAAUGAUUACCAUGUUGCCGGGAAUAGGCAAUGGUACGUUCCUACUCAAGUUCACAGUUAUGGAAGAGGGUGCCAUAAUCAAGAAGCACUAUGCGUACGCGACAGUUAACGUGACGGUGAAGGAAAUACCGAAGGAGGCAGUCGUGAAGUCAGGUUCGAUUCGUUUUCUGGGAAUCAGCGCCGAAGAACUAAUCGCUCCAGGAGACUUGGGAAUCAGUAAGAAGGAUAUUCUACAAGAGCGACUCUCUUCCAUGUUCAAUGUCUCGGUCGAAAAUGUGGACGUGUUCACGGUCUUGCAUUCUCCACACCAUAACAAAUCCGUCCUCGAUGUGCGUUUUUCUGCCCAUGGAAGUCCAUACUAUGCACCCGAAAAACUUAACACUAUAGUCGUCACUCAAUCGGAGAUGAUCGAGCGCGAGAUGGGGGCCGAUGUGCUGUUGGUCAACAUUGAUGAGUGCCUUAUGGAAAAGGUCCACUGCAACGAGUCCUGCAGAAGUUUCUUGAAUAUCAACAAUACGCCGUCUGUCGUUUACACGAAUACGAGCUCGUUCGUGGGCGUACGAGCGGUGGUCGAUCCGCAAUGCAUCUGCCAUGUGGCAGAGCCGAUCGACUGCCUCAACGGAGGGACGCCCCUAGGCGCGCGGUGUGAGUGCCCACCGGGACUUGAGGGACCGAGAUGCGAGCUGCUAGCCGUUGGAUUCCAUGGGGACGGUUAUGCCAUCAUGCCAUCCCCGGGACAAGCCUGCGACGAUUCUUAUCUCGGACUAGAACUUACUGCCCAUACUAAAGAUGCAUUGGUAUUUUAUUUCGGUCCAAUGCGGUAUACAGAUAAGUUAGAUCUUCAAGAUUUUAUGUCACUUGAAUUGCAAGAUGGAAAUCCCGUUCUAUAUGUCGACUAUGGCCAAGGAAGUAUUAUGUUGGAUAAAGCAGAGAAUUCAGACGGACGGAAGAAUAAAUUAUUCUUAGCCGAUGGAAAGCCUCACAGAAUAGACAUCUAUUGGACAAAAACUUCUAUUGAAAUGAAAGUGGACAAUUGUGGACUAUCGAGUUGUAUGAGGUUGAAAGCACCGGUAGGAACCAGAGAAUUCUUAAACGUAAAUGGCCAAUUCCAAAUAGGAGGAUCGUUAAAUAACUUGGCCAAGUUGGGAGAUCAGUUCAAAUGGCAACAUGUACCAACUGAACAGCGUUUCGUAGGGUGCAUUCGAAAUAUGACAAUGAACGGAAAUACAUUCAACUUGGGUAUGCCGUCGUUAUCAUUAAAUGCUGAUCCCGGCUGUAGUACCGGCAUGGCGAAAGCAGUGUCCUUCGGCAUUGACACGAAUUUCCUAGUAGCCAUUCUCGUAUGCAUCGCUAUUUUAUUGAUACUCCUGUUGGCCGUCGUUGUGCAUAGGCGUAAGACGGAUGACCUCUACAAGGACAUGGAUGACAUCAGGGAGAACAUAAUAAAUUACGAGGAUGAGGGAGGUGGCGAGGUUGAUACCGGUUAUGAUCUGAAUGUAUUAAGGUCCAUAUAUGAUCCACCUAACGACAUGAAGAUCAACGCCGUUAGUCUCGGAAGAGAGCCCGAUGAGGUACCAGACAUCUGCGGUUUUCUUGAUGGUAAAAAAGAAUGCUGCGACAAGGAUCCCGAUACCAAUCCCUUCGAUGAUGUACGCCACUACGCCUAUGAGGGUGAAGGAAAUUCAGACGGUUCGCUCUCGUCUCUCGCUUCGUGUACGGAUGACGGUGACCUCAAGUUUAACUAUUUGUCAAAUUUCGGUCCAAGAUUCCGCAAGCUCGCCGAUAUGUACGGUGAAGAGCCAAGUGACGAAGAAAGUGAGGGCGUAGGUGACCGCGAGAGCGAAAGUUGGUGUUAAAAUUGGACGUGAAAAAGAAUGAGAGAUAGAAAAGAGAAUAAUUAAACAAAUUUUUCUUUGUCAUUACGGCAAAGAUUUCCCGAUCGCGUUAUGCAUCUUUUUCGCUGUUUUAGUGCGAAAGUAUAAAUGGAUGAUUUUUCAAAUAGAAAAGAAAUUUGAAAAAAGGUAAGACAGUACUUAAGAAAUGGACUGACGAACAACUCUAUUCAUGUGUAAUGACGAGUUUCAUUCGAGAAACGAAAACUAUUUCAAGCAACGUUUGGUUCUUUGUUUACUCUGCUAAUACGUUAGAUUAUUAGUAGAGUAAAUAAUUCUCAUGACGUUUUUGAAAUACUCAAAAAUUUCUAUGUAAAUAUGAACAACAGAUAGAAAGGAAAAGAUUGUGAGUACAUGAAGAUGCGCCAAAGAAAUGAUAAAAGGGCGAAUGUACGAUAUUAACGGAAAGAAAACACGAGAGCGCCGAUACUGAUUCUAUUCUCUCCUACGUUCGAUCAUAAGACUUUACCGAAGAAAAUUAAACUGUAACACGGGAUGAGAAUAUUUUCUUAUCAUGCGUAUAACGCGCUCGGGGACGCUUACUAAGGGAGCUGCACAAGUGUCUUUUACGGUAUAAACUUUUUUAUACAAUUUAUUAGGUUUGUGUAGAAAAUCAAAUAUUCGUAUUAUCUGUAUUGUAGAUAUUUUGCAUUUUUGUGUUAAUUUUUUCCUAAGAUUGUUAGGUAGCGGCAAAAUUUUGGCAGACUGAUUAAACAGUGUUCCGAGGUCAGCGAAUUUUGAUGAUCUUUUCUUAAAUGCUUGCUAUCACACUGCAAUAUACUUCCAAUCAUUGCGAUACUUUUCAUACUUUUUUUGAAGCAGCUAAAUUUUUAAUAGGGAGAUAAGUAAAUUAAAUGUUGAUGAUACAAAUAGAACUAUUAUGCGUGUCGCAUGUUAAAAGAGAAAAAAAAAAAUAUAUAUAUAUAUACAAUACAUGUCAUAUAUAAAAAAUUGCAAGUUAUUUUCCAGCUCGACAAUCACAAGACAAGUUGGGAAUAUUCCUAGACUAACUUUUGUACACCAAUAUUUACUAAGUCUAUUAUGAGCACGAAAGUGUGAAAAUUACAAAAUAAUCAACAAAUAUAUAAUAGCAGCAAUGCUCGUAUGUAAAAUCGAAGGUGUAACGCGAAAGAAAGUAGGGUAUUCUAUAUUGUGUUGUUAAACGACCUACGAUAAGGCGUAUUUAAUUUAUAAAAAUAAUAUUUUAAUAAUGCAAAAGUAACAAAACAAGAGAACGAGACAAUGUAUGUGUGUUGAAAGAAGCAUUUCGACAUGACAGUCCGUGAUAGAGUGAAAUUGUUUCUUUUUUUUUUAUUAGGCAAAGCCAUGGUGUACGAUCAUGCGUCGUAUCGAUAACAGGGUGAAUUCUUAUGAUCACGAAUUAGCGAUAUUUCGAUUAAUUAAUUAUUAACUUGUUCAUACAGCAACAGCGACACGCACUAGACACGUAAUAAUUAUGUACGCGACGCGCAUUAGUAAUGUAAACUAAUUGAGGGAGCUACGAAUGCGUGAUGAACUUAAAAUUACGUAUUAGAUGUAUUUACGCCAACGCUCUGACACUUGACAGCGUGCGUGAAUUCUUGAUCAACGUUUCUUGAUUUAAGUAGAUCAAAUGAAUGACGAAAAUCCAGGGACGUAACCUGGUGCUUCAAUUAUAAAAAGGAUAUCGAUAAUCUGGCGUAUCAAUUUAUCGUCGACGUGAUUGCUGAUUAAAUUUAUAACAGUAUAUAUGAAAUUCAGAAUACAUAAUAAUAAUGUAUUUCAACUUUGGCUCGUCGAAAGAAAAAUUUCAAUUCUUUUUUGUGUUCGAACAAACGAAAUUCAUUUAUUUUAUACAAUUUUUGUUGUGUAAUAAGGGAAAUUUAGAAUGACGUGUUUUUGUAUUUUUUUAAACAUAUCAAAUAAAAAUGUAUAUAGUUAUGUAUAUAUGGCUUGAUCUUACGCCUAAUAAUUUUUGAUAAAAGUUACUUUGUUUAAAUAGAAAACAACAUUAACAAAGUGACUAGGUUUUUAAAAUUUUUUGAUUUUUUAAAACCAUUUUGAGGACUUGCUUCUCGGCGCUCGUAUGAAUACAAAUUACUAUAUAAUGAAAUUCCAUCACCACUUUUUAUAUAUAUAUAUAUAUAUAUAUAUAUAUAUAUAUAUAUAUAUAUAUAUAUAUGCAUACACACUAUAAGAAAAUUUAUAAGAGCGACGAAGAUCAAAUGCCAUAGCACGUUGUCAUUGAUUGUCAAUUUAUCGAUACAUACCAUAUAUUAAAAAAAAUUAUUGAACGAUAUAGUAUUAUGUUCAAAUAAGUUCGAGUCGAAAUGUUUUUCUUGUUUGACUCGAAGGUGUUUGACGAUUUUGUCCAUGUCGAUCGACAAAAUACUUCCUAUAACUAAUACUGGUAAUCAUUUGAUACGCGCAUACUAUGUUCAUUCAUAUUCUCGUAUUACUUAAUAUUAUAAUUAAUACGUAAAGCGUUUAUUGAGUAUUGCGCCUGAGCGUUAUAAUUUUAAGCUUUUUGUACGAUAAAUAAAAUGAAUUUAUUUAUAAGGUUGCAAGGUCUUUCGAUGACACUGCAAGCAAGCCGAAAGAGUAUUUUGAUCUCUGAAAGCGGUAAAACAAUUCCAGAAGAAAUAGUAGUUUUAAUGUAUAUACAUUGAUAUAGAUAUAUAAUAAUUUUGUCUAUGUAAAGAACGUUAUAAUAAAUGUGAAAGAGUAACAAGUUUCGAUAAAUCGUAUUGGAAGGGUAGAUUAUACCAAAGUUUAAUCGUGUAACUUUUUUAUCCAUAAUGACAAGUUGCAAUAUAACAAAAAAAAAGAAACACAGUUAGAGAUAAAAAAGUUAAGAUGAUGGAGCUUUGCAAUCGUGUGAGAGAAAUUUUGUAACGCUGAUUUCCGCUUUUCUCGAACUGUCGUUUUUUUUCAAGAAUUACUUUUUGAAGUAUAAAAGAGAAAUAAUAAUAAUGAAAAUAAACAUAAGUACAUAUAUACAUAAGUCGGCGCAAUUUUCUAGUUGAAAAGUAAAAAGAUUUUAGCGCACCGGCAAGUCCAAUAUGUAUCGAACACUGCCUAUACGUGUGUAUGAAUGAUCAUGUCGCAUUUGUGGACUGCCACUUUAUUAUCGACGAUCGAAUUCUCGUCGAAAAUCUGGCGGCCGCCUCACGAGCAAUACGCUUCCAUUAUUACUGACUAUGCUGUGUCGCCGCACCGCUAGAGCUAAGCAGCUAUAAACCGGAAAAAAAAACAAUCCGAGUACUAAAUAUGUAUAGAAAAAAGGCGCGCGUACGAGCUGAGAAUUUUCGCGAGUAUGUGUUUAACUAUACAUAUACAAUAGAGAGGAGAAAAAAGUGCGAAAGUGGGUGAAGAAUUGUGUAAAUACGAGAGAGAGAGAGAGAGAGAGAGAGAGAGCCUAGACGUGCGUAUGUAAGGGAUGCGUUACAUUAUUGUAUAGCGUGUACACGGGGGGCAUAAGCCAAUGAAUAUGUGAUAGUCAACGGUAAUAAUACGAUCGUUUACACCUUCACCCAUUUACAUCAUCGAUCCAUUGUUAGCAAGCUAUAUGUAAUUUUUCUUUUUUAAAAAUAGAAUAAUAAAUUGAAAAUAAUCCUAA